CAGUCUCCUGAUCCCCGCAUAGUCUCCGGACAACAGCUGUUGGCGUUGUCCUUUUUGUGACUGGGUUGUGCUAUAGGAGGGUCCUCCUGUGACCAGUCUGUGUUGUUUUCUGCUGUUCUUUCUGGCUGCAUUCUUGCCCUGUUAGACGUCCCCCUCAUUGUCUCCCAAGUGACGGAACCCCCGUUCCCCAGGCCGCCAACAUGGACUACGAAGCGUUGAAGGACCAAUGGAGCGAAGUCGAGGAUCGCGAUGGCAUCAGACUCAGCUGGAACACCUUUCCAAGCUCUCGCAUGGAAGCAUCCCGCCUUGUUGUCCCCAUCGGUGCCGUCUACACGCCUCUCAAGGAGAAGCCCGACUCUCCGUUGCUACAAUAUGAGCCGGUCACCUGCAAGGCGCCUUGUCGGGCGGUCUUGAACCCCUACGCCAACGUUGACGUUCGGGCCCGAAUCUGGAUCUGCCCCUUCUGCCUUAUGCGCAACCCUCUUCCCCCUCACUACAAGGAUAUCACGGAGAGCACAAUACCCCCGGAGCUCCACCCGAUGAGCACGACGAUCGAGUAUCAAUUGGCACGCCCCGCUCCUGCUCCCCCUAUCUUUGUCUAUGUCGUCGACACCUGUCAAGACGAUGACAGUCUGAAGGCCCUGAAGGACUCGCUGAUUAUGAGUCUGUCGUUGUUGCCGGCGAAUGCAUUGGUUGGCCUGAUCACAUAUGGUACAAUGGCACAAGUACACGAGCUUGGCUAUACCGAGUGCGCCAAGUCCUAUGUAUUCCGCGGCAGCAAGGAAUACGCCGCAAAGCAGGUGCAGGAGAUGCUUGGUCUCUCCUCUGGACUGCGUCCGAACGUGCCCCAGCAGCCCGCUCGUCCUCCCCUUGGCCCUGCAGCACGGUUCCUCCUCCCCGUUCAACAAGCCGAAUUCCAAAUCACGAAUGUGCUCGAGCAGCUCCAGCGUGACCCGUGGCCAGUUGCAAAUGACAAGCGACCCCUCAGAUGUACUGGCUCUGCCCUCAGCGUCGCCGUUGGUCUGCUUGAAACCUCCUUCCAGAAUGCCGGUGGGCGCAUUAUGGUCUUCACCAGUGGUCCGGCCACCGAGGGUCCGGGUCAUGUCGUCGGUCCUGAGCUGAAGGAGCCAAUCCGUUCUCACCAUGACAUUGACCGCGACAACAUCAAGUACUACAAGAAGGCCGUUAAGUUCUAUGACACCAUGGCCAAGCGCGCUGCCAAUAACGGACACAUUGUUGAUGUCUUUGCCGGCUGUCUCGACCAGGUCGGUAUGCUGGAGAUGAAGAACCUUGCCAACUACACGGGUGGCCACAUACUUCUCACAGACAGUUUUACCUCGUCACAAUUCAAGCAGUCCUUCGUCAGAAUAUUUGACAAGGAUGCCAACGAUCAUCUGCUCAUGGGCUUUAACGCAUCUCUUGAGGUGCUGACUACCAAGGAGCUCAAGGUCACCGGUCUUAUCGGUCACGCGGUUUCCUUGAACAAGAAGUCGAGCUCUGUCGGUGAGACGGAGUGCGGUAUCGGCAACACAUGCGCCUGGAAGAUGUGCGGGAUUGACCCUGCCUCGAGCUAUGGUAUCUACUUCGAAAUCGCCAACCAAGGUGGACCUGCAGCAGUGCAACCAGGCCCCCAAAGAGGAAUGAUGCAAUUCCUCACAUACUACCAGCACUCAUCCGGACACUAUCACCUUAGGGUCACGACUGUCGCACGGAACCUAAGUGGUCCGGCUGGCGACCCUACACUGGCACAGUCUUUUGACCAGGAGGCGGCCGCUGUGUUGAUGGCCCGCAUCGCUGUGUUCAAGGCCGAAGUCGAUGACGGCCCUGAUGUGCUCAGAUGGGUUGACCGGAUGCUCAUCCGACUCUGCUCCCGUUUCGCUGACUACCGGAAAGACGAUCCGACGUCAUUUCGGUUGGAGAAGAACUUCACGCUUUACCCUCAGUUCAUGUUCCAUCUGCGCCGAAGCCAGUUCUUGCAGGUGUUCAACAACUCCCCCGACGAGACUGCUUUCUACCGGCAUGUGCUUAACCACGAAGAUGUUGGCGACUCGCUUGUCAUGAUUCAGCCAACUCUGGAUUCUUACUCCCUGGAACACGAAGGAAGCCAGCCUGUGCUCUUGGAUUCGGCUUCCAUCCAGCCGGCCCAUAUUCUCCUCCUGGACACCUUCUUCCACAUCCUCAUCUUCCACGGUGAGACUAUCGCCGAAUGGAGAAAGGCCGGUUACCAGGAACAGGAGGGCUACGAGAACUUGAAGGUGCUCCUCGAACAACCGAAGGAAGACGCCAGGGAACUGAUUUCUGACCGUUUCCCGCUCCCCCGUUUCAUUGUUUGCGAUGCCGGUGGCUCCCAAGCACGUUUCCUUCUGUCGAAGCUGAACCCGUCGACAACGCACACGACAGGAGGAUAUGGCGGAGGUGUGACUUCGCAGACCAUUUUCACCGACGAUGUUUCAUUGCAGACUUUCAUGGAGCAUCUCAUGAAACUUGCUGUUUCCGGAACCAGCUAGAUUUGACGAGGUAAUGGCCACGACGAGAGCAAGG